GAAAAGUUAUUGCGAUGUAUGAAAAAUGUAGACAGCGACAUGCAUGGGUUGAUAAACCAGUGGGCUUUUUAGACAAUUUGUCAUAUAUUUCUAUUAAUGCUUAUACACAAAUUACAAAUCGUAUUUUUUCAUGUGAAAAUUUAGUAGGAGGAAAAAUUGCAAUUCAUAUUACUCCACAAGAAGUAGUUUAUUUUUUAGGUGUACAUUCAUAUGCUAAUUUAGAUACAUAUAACAAUUUGAUUUCAGUAGAUGAUGAUACUAUUUCGAUUUAUAAUUUUUUUAAUUUGCCUUCUUCACAUGAAUUGUUUUUAAAG